AGGCUUUUAGUGGGGUGUACCAUAGACGGACCAUUCGUGCAAAGUGCAAAGAAGUCCGUCUCAGCGAUAACGGAUUAAAUCAUAGCCUGUAUAAACUACUGAAAGCGACAAUAUAAGGUUGUCACAUAUUUUUUUUAACCGUCUUUAUUUUCGACAAUGGCUUCACGCUCGCCAUCGUCUUCCCCUGAUUCUGCCACAGGCUCAGGUACCGACCCAGCUCGGCCUGAUACAGGAGAUCCUCUCGGCGGAGGAUCGGACUCCGAUUCAGAUCUAGGAUUAGGGAAAUUCGACUGUGGUGCAGGGGACCCUGGUCAUCGACUGGAAGGGGAGGAAUUGGAACACGAAUUUGAGGUAGCAGCAGACCGUCUUCGAGAUCUACUUCAGACGGCCAGCAGGGAACAACUGUUGUACCUGUAUGCUAGGUAUAAACAGGUCAAGGUUGGAAAGUGCAAUACAGCAAAGCCUGGGUUUUUCGAUUUUGAAGGUCAAAGAAAAUGGACAGCAUGGAAGCAGCUUGAGGACAUGAGUGCAGAACAGGCCAUGCAGGAGUACGUUUCGUGUGUAACUUCACUAGACCCAGACAGCAGUCAGAAGGAGAGAAGAGAGCGUAGGACAGGAUUUGGAGGUCCAACAGUCAGUUCCCUGUACCAAGAAGAGAUGAUCAGGGAAGAAGACAAGAACAUCUUUGACUACUGCAGAGAGAACAACAUAGAACACAUUACCAAAGGUAUCAGUUCCAAGGAAGUGGAUGUCAACGCAAAAGAUGAGGAGGGCAGGAAUUUGCUGCACUGGGCCUGUGACAGAGGACACAAAUACCUGGUGUCUGUGUUACUGCAGAACAGCGCUGAUAUCAACAGCCAGGAUGACGAGGGCCAGACAGCACUGCAUUAUGCGUCUGCGUGUGAGUUUGCUGACAUAGUGGAGCUGCUCCUACAGGCUGGGGCAGACCCUUCCAUUAAGGACCAGGAGGGCUCUCUGCCCGAGGAGGUCACUGAAUCCAGCUCCAUCUCCUCACUGCUGCGCCAGUACACCGCCUCCAAGGGCUAGGCCCAGCUUCGCCAUCCCCUCCUCUCCCUCUCCUCCCCUCCAGCCUGUGCCCACCCCAGACCUAGCACACAGCCCUCUCAGUAAUGAUGAUGAUGUUUUUUAUUGUCACAUACACCGGAUAGGUGCAAUGGUCAUCCCAUUCUGGCAGUUCAACCUGCCACCACUUCAUCGUCUCUCAUGUCAAAUUCCAAGGAAUCCAUCCGUCAUCAUUGCUAUUACAAAAAAUAAAGAAAUGUCAACCAAAAAGAGGUUCCUUCUGUUUCAGAUAUUGUGUGUUACCUUUGGUUGUCUUGUGUUUGCUGAUAAAAAUCUUUAAAAUACAAUUGGACAGCGUAUGGACAUUUUACCCUAGGAGUAAGUCAAACUUAUUAUAUUAUUCAGAAUAAUGUUUUAAGCAUUUUUGUUGGCAUCAUUCUUGACAAGCAGAAUGUAACUGUAUAUUUAAAUGCAUCCUAAAAAUAAACAUCUAAUAUGCAAUUGUAUAUUCAGAUGGAGCAUGGAGAACUAGAAGUUCCUCCCUAUCCCAUGAUGACUAACAACUAUAUAACACACACAUCGCCGGGCGAGGCCUCUUCGUUUAAGUGAACUGUUCACCUAGCACAUUGUGUCUCCCUUGGCCCACCCCACAUACCCACACCCUCUGUUAUGUCACUUAAAAUAUAUUUGGACGUUCUCCAAAUAGCCAACACAUGGGCUGCCUCCAAAUCUGCUUUAGUUUUUGUAAGCCCUUCUGAUCAGAGCAGUCUCUUUGGCACCCCCUCCCUCCCACCAGAUGAGAAUACUAAAUCUGGAAUCUCAGCUCUUAACCACCGCUUGAUAAAGAAGCUAAUGCACAUUUGAACAAACAAUGGGGACAAGCUGUAAUCCCUCUUUCUCUCAAUCUCCCUGAACACGAGGCAUUAAAUAACAGUCACCGAAAAGAGUCCUGCUGUCUGUCAGUCGGUUACCAUGGCCCCAGUAUACAGAACAGAGACGGCCCAGCCCAGACAGCCUGCUCUCUUACGGUAUCACUGAGACAGAGAGCUCUUAUGACCCUCAGCUUGUUACAGUAUGCAUUCCCUACACAACCAGGAAUAAUGCUGUUGGUAUAUUUGAAAAAGCUGUUUUGCCCAUGUACCAGUCAUUUCCUGAAUCUCGAUUGGGUUGGGGUAGGAGUCGGUGAUGUCAUACUCCCUGGGCAUGUCUGCACAACUGUGACACUAAGCCCAUUAUGUUUCCAUUAUGGGCUUCAAUUUUCUCUGAGCUUUUCACUUUUGACAGUGCCUCCUCUCAAACCUUCUUUACUUAACGUUUAUGCAUUUUUACAAGUCGCCUCUCUAACACCAUUAGUGACAGAUGGCCAAGGUUUGUUACAGAGAUGAGCUGGAGCACUUUCCUCUGCCUCUCUUACUCUCCCCAGUCUGGGGGCUAAAAGCAACGGCAUGUUGUUGUACUGGCCAACUCUUAAUGCAAUCUGCUCGCUAGUCCCCAGAACAGUAUUGCUUGGAAUUCAACACUAAGUAAAAUCCCGUCUCUGCUGUUGAAAAGCAUCCCUCUAAUAUCUUCACGAGAACUCGAUAAGUCUCUGUUGCAAAGCUGGGUGUUUAGUGCAUGAUAAACAAGCGUUGCCGUCUGCUGCUACUCGAGGCGAUAGUGAUCCAAGCUGCUCCAUAGACAAGUGUCUAUAUGGUUCGUCUCACCAGAAUGUUCUAAUUAGCAACACCUCACCAGGCACUGAAGCCAAUAUCCUGUUAACGACCCUCCCUCGCUUUAAUUACAUGUGAACUAUCUCAUUUCUGCUAUGAGGACCCAGUGAAAAGAACCUAAUUUCACUUAAAACAGAACAACCUUGAAGUUGUCAUUGAAAAGCCUCUCUGUGACUCAAACCCAUUUAAAGCUACACUGUCAUGGCAGCCAUUGCUCAUCAUUAAAAUAAGCCAUCAUUUGAAGAAAAUAUCCUGUCUUGAUGUCUAAGAUGAAGUUCAGUCUGAACCAAAUAUCUAUUUACAUGUUACUAGAAUUGUUGCCUUCAGGAAGGUUGUAAUAGACGCCUCAGAUCGAUGAUGAUGGCAUUUGUGCUUGUGUUUGUCAUCUUUGCAAAAGCAACAGUGCAGGAAUUUCCCAGAUUUAUUUGUAUACUAGUGCUGUAAGUGCCGUGUAAAUUAUCCGAACUGUCUUUGUUGCUGUUUAUCUUUGUAAGGCAGCACUAUUAAAGGGUAUCCAUUAAUGGUCAUCAUAGCUUGUCAUCGGCUGAAUAAAAUCAGCUUGUUUUGUGGCGUUUUAUGCAAACGUGCUUGUUCUGCUAGACUGAUCUUUUCUUCUUCUUACACAACAGGAGCUUAAACACAACCAAAUCGAUAAUACUUAAGUUUAGGACGGACCUGGUAAGACUCAGAAAAGGUCUGGAUAACGGUUGUGUUGUAUAUUAUUGAGUUUUACAUUUGUUUUAAUUUUGCUGUGAAUAUGUAGCCAGUCUAGGCCUAUUUCAGAUGUCUAUCCAACAACACUUCUUUAGCGCAUGGGUUAUAGUCAUGCUGAAUUGUCGUAUUUGGUUCAUUUACUAUGAUGUGUGGUUCUAUACACUCCUGUAUUAACGCUGCUCUGCUAUCUUGCCUGACCACAAAUCAUAUUUAUCCAUAUUUCACAAGGCAGUUUACAAUUAGUUAACAGUGCAGGGAUUAAGGAAAGAUUUGACUGUGCAAAACUGCAAUCUGGUGCAGUCUUUAGUAGCAGAGGGAUUAGUGUUCGCUGCAACUGAGCAGAUGUGCUGCUUUGUCCUGUUUUUUCUCUCCUAUGGGUGGGACGGGGGUUAGUGUAUUGGUUUACGAAUAAAGAUACAGAAAACCGUGGUUA